UCACUCCAUCUGCAGUGUGAGUCAGCCAGCCAGGCACACCUCUCGUCUCUUUCUCCCCCUCCGUAGAAUCCUUACCCUGGGCUAGUAACUCUGCAGUCUCCCCCUCUUGCCUCCUCUCCCUUUGGCUAAGCAGCUACGCCAGUCCCCCUCACUCCCUCCUCCACAGCAUCGGCUGUUUGGAGCACCAGACAUACACACAGGCAGGCUCCAUCUAUCCCCAGCCACGGAGUCCCUUCUCUGGGUAGCCGGGCUCCCGUUCCCCCUCCUGAGGAUGAUGCUGUGGAUGAAGACGGAGGAGAUGGCCCUUGGAACGAUGUUAGAAAGACUCAGACUGGUCAUCCAAAAUGUUGAUGAGAUCAUGCAGCAGGAGAGCAGCCCCCUCUGUGCCAUCGACAUCACCCCUGACCUUAGGAAGAAGUUCGCCUUCCUCUUAGGGGGCCGAGGGCAGAACGGCAGCCCCAUCAUCGUGUUCCCAGAGUUCUCUGCUUUCGGAGAGAUUCAGGAGAGGGAGUUCCACAACGUGCUCACUUACUUGACCAACGUCCCCAG